ACUCCCGACAGAGUCAUGCAGUACGAAGUCCCUCACUANCCCCCUCCGGCCCACCACGACAUGUCGUCGGCGGCACCCGCGCCUCAGUACACUCAGAACCUCUACGUGCCCGCCGGUAGAAUCAAGUCCGAGAAUGGUUCCGAGCGCGGAGUCUCACCUCACCCUUCGGAUCCUUCGUCCCGUUAUUCGUCUCAAGCUCCCCCUGCCAUUCAUCCCGCCGCCUACCCACCUCAAGGUCUAAACGGCCUUGGUCCUGGCAUGCGCUACCCCUCGCCUUCUCAGUUGCACCAGCAGAUGCCCUUGAUCCAACAUACAUAUCACCCUACCUCGAACGACCCAGCAUAUGCUCAACCACCCAUGAACGCAGCCCCUCCGCCAGUCCAGGAUCAACAGCCUCAACAAGAAACGACUCAGCGUAGUACUGGAAGUGGCCUGCCCAAGGCUUUUGCAUGCUCGACCUGUGGAAAGGGAUUCGCUCGCAGAAGUGAUCUUGCCAGACAUGGUAUGUUGAUUCCCUUCAGCGAUUCCUCCUCUCUUGCACGUCAUCGCAGAAUCCAUUCUGGCAAGAGACCUUACAAGUGCCCCUACGCCGACUGCCAAAAGACUUUUACGCGUCGCACAACUCUGACGCGUCACCAAAACCACCACACCGGCACCAUUGAAGAAUCAGCCGCUGCCACUGCUGCAGCCUUGGCUUCGCGUGCCUCGAUGCAGACGCGUGGAUCGCGCUCUGAUGGAGAAGAAUACUCGGAGAACAAGUCGCCAAUGCCUACUCCCUCUCCUCACGACCGCCCCGUCUCCGUUUCGCCCGCUGGUGGUAUGAACGGCGUUGCUGCACUUCAGCGUUCCACCUCGGACUACUACAUGAAUGCCAUGAACGGCGGUAUGACGAUGCCUCCACACAUGCGUAACGAAAUGGCUACACACAGCCCGCGUUCCGCCUCCCCAGCCAACUCUCAUUACUCGAUGCCCAGCUCAGCUAGUCAAGCCCGUCAGCCAUUGACCUCUCACCCAGGUGCAUACCCUCUACCUUCGACUCUGGAACCGCCCACCACAAACCCGCCAAGCCAGAAUGGCAGCGUUGGUGGUAGCCCCCACAUGGGUGGCUCGGGCUGGCAGUCUCCUGCUCACCAAUCUAUUGGUGGAGCCCAGCAAGCCGACUAUUCGUACCCUGAUCCCAACACUCAGCAGUACGUUCAAAACGCACAAAACCUGUAUUACCAGAACCAAAACAUGCGUCGCCCUCAGAGCACGGAUCCCAUGGACCCUUACCACGCGCAACGCAUUGGCCACGUAGGUCAGGAGCUUUGGGCUCAACACCCGCAAUAA